AUGGAGCCAAACUUAACAGCUAGUAAGCACCAACAAAUGACAUCAAAUAGUUUUAGGCAGUGGAGCUCUGAACAAAGAGUGGGAAUCAACAACAGAAGCCGGAUGCUUUUAUUCUGGAAUCCACAUUGUGUCAGUUUGGAGAUUAAGCAAUGGGAAGAGCCGUUUAUCCACACGAUUAUCCAGUGCAAGGUUGUAGGGACCUAUUAUGCAGUGACCUUUGUAUAUGGCCAACUAUCCAUCCCUAGCAGGAGACAUAUGUGGGAGAGUUUGCACCAGAUUGCUACUACCAUGGAUUUACCCUGGCUCAUUAUGGGAGACUUUAACUCCCCAUUAUCCUCUUCUGAUAAGUGUGGAGGAAUGGAUGUCACAUCAUAUGCCUCAGCAGAUUUCCUAGAGUUUGUGAUCAUGGCUGGGAUGGAGGACUUGCACGCUACUGGAUGUAAGUUCACAUGGACAAAUGGGCGAGAGGUAUGCAAGUUAGACCGAGCAAUGGUGAACAAAACUUGGUUGGAGCAGGAUAAGAGCAGUGUAGCAGAAUUUAGACCACCAGGGAUUUUCUCAGAUCAUGCCUCCUGUAUUGUCUCCAUCUUAGAGCCUCAGAGACCACAAGCCAAGUCUUUCAAAUUCUACAACAUGUGGACUACACAUCAUGAUUUUAGCCGGCUAGUACAAGAGAAUUGGACACUUGCAAACUCAAUGAUUAGGGAAGGUGUAUGCCAGUUCAAACUAAAGCAAAAGCUCCUACUUCUUAAGAAGCCACUACAACAACUCAAUAAAGAGAGCUACCAACACAUACAAGAAAGAGCAAAGAGGGGACAGAUACACCUAGAAGAAGUACAGGAAAGAGUUUUAACUCGAGGAUCCGUGGAUGAGGAAUAUAAAGAAGCCAGGAACGCUGCUGAUCUCCUAGCACAGGCCGAGUACCUCUUCUACCAACAAAGGGCAAAUCAAAAGGAACAACAAAAGGAGAGAAAUAAUGGCCAUUGA